AUGAUACUCAAAUAACAUAACCACCCUACUUAUUUCUCCUUUGCUACCCCUUUCACGCAUAAAAAGUAUCAGCAUUCAAAUCUGGUCCACACUCUUCAUAAUCACCAUUAUCCUUCUCCAUAUUCAACAAUGGCUUCUUCCCCCACCACCACAGGCCUUAUCCUAUCCUUCAUCCAACCUACAUCUUCCUCUUCCUCCCCCGACAGCAAAGAUAAUACAGAAUUCCUCCUCCUUCCCCAACUCUUCACAUCCCACAUCCUCGGCACAACCCGCUCAACCCUCUAUAAAGCAGCCAAUGCCUCAUACCCCAAACAACAUCUUCUCGUCAGCGUAAUGGACGAUGUCGCGCACGUGAAUGUGGAACAGGUGGCUAAGUUUUGGGCGGGCGAGAGGGUGGUGCAAGAGGAGGCGGAUGUUAGGGGGUUUAGCGAGGUGCAAGUUUAUGAGAAGGAGAGGGGGAAGCAAGAGGGAAGGGACAAUCCUGCACAUACGCUCCUUGUAGCGCUUAUGCAGCCGGCGCCAGAUGGUGCUGCGGACCUGGAUGCUUGGUACCACGAUGAGCACAAUGAGCAAAUGUCGAGAGAAUCCGGUUGGUUGCGUACGUGUCGGUAUUCGUUGAUUGCGGAGAAGGGCGGCGAUGAGAAAGAGAAGGAGUUGUCGUUCUUGGCUGUUCAUGAGUUUGAUGAGAGUAACGAGUUGGGGGAUACGGUUAAAGCGCUUGAGCCCGUGAGCGAAUGGACGAAGAAAGUUAUGAGUACGGCGGUGGGGAUUGAUGCUGCUAUUUAUCGCAAGAUUUGAUAUUCUUUGUUGCUUGAGGUUUCCUUCUAAAGUGACUCGGAUAGCAGGCUCAUGUUGUAUCUUCAUAUAUACCACCGGCUGCCAAAAGAAAACCUCUUGUAGAAAAGACUACAAUUCGACGUAGAGUAUCCAGCUAGACGAUCAGUCACCAACACCAAAAGAGCCCUAAACCCCACCUCCCUUCAUGUCCAUAUCACCCCACAAAAUGUACCUCCAACCCCUCCCACCCAAAAUACACCCUUAAAGCCCUAAUAGCCAAAUCAUGACUCACCGCCAACACCCCAAACACCACACUACUAUCACUCACAUGCACAUGCCGCAACGCCGGCAGCAAAUCCCGAUAACCCGUCUCCUUCACACCACCCUGCUGCAUCCCUACCGCCAACCUCUUCGCCAACCUCGGAUCUACGCGUAUACUCUUAAU